AUGGUGAAUGGCGCUGGUCAUAGCGCCAAGUGCGUCUACGUCCUCUCCGACAUUGAUGGCUUCAAAUACAAACUUGUGAUGGAGGGGGAUGUGCAUCUGUUAACAACGACAAAGGUGAAACGAUACCUGCAGCACGCCACGGGACUCAGUCCCCAGCACCAGGAGCUUUCCUUCAAGGGCAGGAUCAUGCAGGACGGCGAGUGUGGUGGUGACAUCGGCCUUACAGACGGUGCGAUGCUUCGGCUGCAGCACGUGCACGCCUCACAGCGAGCAAGUAGCAGUGCUGGUGCUGGCGGGAGCCGGCCGUCAAGCCGCUCGAUGUCCGCGAGCACUGUGAGCCAUCAAGGUAAAGCAACAGUAGCGAAGACUUUUGUGCCGAUCUCUCCUAUGGCAGGGUCAUCGACGCCGCUCCAGAGUGGUCGUCACCGUGAUGCUCAUGGUUUUAAUGGCGAACUUGCCGGCCCCCCACGCGCUGAUACAAGUUUUUCUAGGCGCGACACACGCACCGAGCGUGAGUAUCGAGAAUUAGAGUUGGAGAACGCUCGUCUGGAGGAGCGUUUAUUAGAGGCGGAGCGGGAACUCGCCAAUGCCCGCUCGGAUUGGCGUCUGCAAGAAGAGGUUGAACAGCUGAAGUGCACCAUUGCACAGUUAGAAAGUGAGAAGGCCGGUGCCGCGCGGGCCGCGGAAGAGAAGUGGCAGGUGAAGCAGGCGGAGCUCGUGAAGGAGCUCGAUAUCAUGCGGGAGGAACGGCGGCGACUGCGCCGCGAACAGGCGUUCUUUGAGCAGGAGCAGCGGGCGCUGGUGCAUGCCCUCGAAGGACAGAUCCGCACACAGCAGAAGGAGCUCGUGGAGCAAGAGACACGAUUGGAGAAGCAACGCGAAGAGUUGCGUUGCGCCAAUAAGACCGUUUCUGAAACGGUACAAUGCAGCCUUGAGAAGUUAUCGCAGGAGCUCAACAUAUCGCCACUGAAGUUAGACGACAAUGACACAUGUGUUGUGCCCUUGAGUGAUGGUGCAAACAUCCUCAUCACACUAGACCCCGCCACGGAGCGUAUGUUCAUGUACGCCACCAUCGCGAACACAUUGCCUUCGAGCGCGGAGGUCCGGCUGCGUCUGUUUGAGACGUUACUCGAAGGCUCACUGCUGGGUCGCGACAUGGCUGGUGGCGGUGUGGGCAUAUGCACACUCAACAACCUCAUCAUUAUGGAUAUCUGCGUGGACGUGGCACACGCUGAUGAAUACGCCUUGGCAAGCGUCGUUCGACCCUUCAUGGCGGCUGCUCAGCACUGGAUGGAGGUGAUAAAGAAUCUGACCUCGCAGCAGGCCUGA